UUCCUCAAGUUCUCACGCUCGAUUUUGCUGCCGCCAUUGUCGAAUCAUGUCAAAACAAAAACGAAGACCUCCAAAAUCUCCAUUUUCAAUGCCAAAUCUUCCAAUAAUUCAAGGAUAUACUCAACUCUCACCAUCUUCAUCCUCAACUCCAUCUUCAACUCCAAUUAUUUCACCGGGAUUUUCAAUCUCUUCUUCAUGUAGUGCGAAUUCAUGUCCAAGUGUGGAUCCACUUGAAAAUGGAUUAGAGGUUGAUCUUCCACCAAUGUGUAAUGAAGAAGCUAACAAAGAUUUAGAAGAUAAAGAUGAAGAUGAAGAUGAAGAAGAUGAAGAUGAAAAAGAAGAUGAAGGCGAAGAAGAAAAUCAAAAUGAAGAUGAAGUGUUUGAACAAUUUGCUAUUUAACAUGUUCUUAUUUAUACAUUUAAAUUGAUUCAUUUGGAUAUUUUUUUUUGUAGUAUGAUGCAUUUUAGACAUUUUAAUGAUUUUUUUUUAUGUUGAAUUAGUCGAUUGGAUAUUCUGAUGUUUUAUG